AUGACUGUGCGUGGAACUGGAUGGCUGGAUAAUCGCGACGUUUUCCAAAUGAUCAUUGUGCUCCUGUCACUCCUGGCUCUAGCCAGUCACUCCCAUUGGGCGACCGCGAAGGAUAAUUUCAUCUCCAAAACAUCUUCCUAUCCUCUCCCGAAUCAAGGCAACAUUCGCGCUCACGACCCCAAUAUCUUCUUCCAAAACGACUCCUUCUAUCUCUUCCGGACAGGCCAUCGCAUCACUAUACACAAGUCAUCCAGCCUUAGUGGUCCUUGGCAUAAUAUCGGCACAGUGCUAUCUGGUCCUAGCAUCAUCGAGAAGCAAAACAGCACUCGACCCUGGGCACCCACAGUUAUCCAAUGGAAUUCGACCUUCUACUGUUUUUACUGCAUCUCCGAGGAAGGUAAAAGAAAUAGCGCCAUUGGCGUCGCAACGGCAGACACUCUCGACAGUAACAGUCAUGGCGAUGAGAAAGGGUCCUGGAUAGAUCACGGCGCCCUUAUCGAAACCGGAGGAGGCAACCUAUCAACUAUAUACCCGUACAAUGAAUCAAAUGCCAUCGAUCCCGCAUUCAUCAUGGACGUCAAUUCCCACCAGCCGUAUUUGAUCUUCGGCAGUUACUGGUCCGAUAUCUGGCAGGUCCCACUUACGCUAGAUCUGUUGGCCGUCGUAAAUUCAAGGAGACCUGACGCAGUGCAUCUGGCGUUUCUUCCCGAGGAAGGACACACUGGAGGCCCGUUGGAGGGUUCUUUCAUGACCUAUACCGAACCGUAUUACUAUCUCUGGCUCAGCUAUGGGCAAUGCUGUCGUUUUGAGCGGACGGGCUUCCCAAAAAAGGGGAAUGAGUAUAGUAUCCUGGUAGGGCGAUCUAAGGAUGUCCGAGGACCGUUCGUGGACAAAAAUGGUCGCAAUCUCAUGGAUGGUGGAGGCACAACUGUCUACGGAUCCAACCAUGGUAUUGUCUAUGCUCCUGGUGGCCCGGGGGUUCUGCCAGGCAAUAAUAGGUCCAGACCUGAUAUUCUUUAUUACCAUUAUUUGAACAAAUCAAUUGGAUUUAUGGACUCGGAUGCACAGCUCGGCUGGAACUAUCUGGACUACAUAGACGGGUGGCCGGUAGUAAGGGGAUACCACAACACCGCAACCAAAUUCAGAUUUCCGUAUAAAAUGCUUGCCUUGGCGGUUUUUUGGCUGUAUAUAUGGUCCUAG